GUUUCCCUGAGAUCCCCAGCAGCCCUUAAAACUUCAACUAUCAUGCCUGGCACUUCUAGAACCUUCUAACCCUCCAGGACCUCUUCCCUUCCUUUCCCUACCAUUUCAGCCCCCCCUUUUCCCCCUCCCAACUGACAAUAGGCGAGCAACAUAAUGGAUGCUCGUGAAUCUGCUGCCGGAGGGCAGAAAUGCUCAAAUAAGGAGGUGGUGAGGGAGAAGGUGCCUCUGCACAGGAAGUGGGUAUCGGAGCCCUCUGCCACCACCAAACGAAGCACUUUUGCCGACCCAGAGGCCAAGCGUCACUCCCACCGUGAGAGUCUGCCGUGUGGCGGUGGAGCCAACGGAGGAUCAGCGGGACAGCAGACGUACAUACCCUCCGGGAAUUCUGGGAAGCUGCUAUCAGGACCCUCUGCAAUGGGGGCCAUGGGAGGCCCGCCAUCCCAAGACCCCCAGCGACCUUUCGCUCAGGGGUUUCCCAGGGGCUACUCCUACCAGCUGGGCCAGCCAUAUCCCCAGCACCCCCAAACUGAACGCUUCCUCUCGGGAGCCAAACCUCAACCAGGGCUGGAACCUCACGCAUGGCCUUUUGCCGGGCAGUUGCCCUCAGAUGACCUGUACUCGGUGGGACACCCUGGACACCCCCGUCCGCAUGGGGCUAGUGGAGGUAGGUUUCCCCGGCAGAAGUCCCCCAGUUUACCCAGUUCAUUUGGACAGUAUUCCCAGUCAGGUUCUGAGCCUGGUGAGGAGGGCUACGGCAAGAAAGAGCAGAAGCCAAAAAAGCCAGGGAAGUAUAUCUGUAACUACUGCGGCCGGGCCUGCGCCAAGCCUAGCGUCCUGAAGAAGCACAUCCGCUCCCACACCGGGGAGAGGCCGUAUCCCUGCGUGCCCUGCGGCUUCUCCUUCAAAACCAAGAGCAACCUUUACAAGCACCGCAAGUCCCACGCCCAUGCCAUUAAGGCUGGGCUCGUCCCGUUUUCUGAGGUGGCAACGGCCCGCAGCGGGGACGGCGACCAGGCAUCCUCUGUGGGCGAGGCUGAGGUCCACUCCGAUGGAGAGCAGAGUACUGACACGGACGAGGAAGGUGUAGAGGGCUCCACCAUGCUGGCAGAAAAAGGAAGCCCCAUUCCACAGAUCUCCUUUGAAGCCGACAAAAGCACAGGUGGUGUGGAGCCAGCAUAUGCUGACUCAGCCGAGGAGCUGUCCAUGGCAUCCAUGAAAGUGCCUAUCCUUAUAGUCCCCAAGCAAGGGGGGGUCCCCUCCACAGGGAUGGAUUGCCCCCCAUUUCCAGACAUGAAGGGAUCGUAUCACAUGACAGGCUCCCAGGCUGGAGGAGGGGGUCAUACAGCCGACGACUCGCCAACUAUCAAGCAGCGUCUAGCGUUGAGGCUGACUGAGAAGAAAGGCCAGGAUUUGGACUCAUGUGUUUCUCAGUCCGUGAACCUCCUCAGUCCCAACAGCAAAGGCAGCACUGACUCAGGCUACUUCUCCCGCUCUGAGAGCGCCGAGCAGCAGAUUAGCCCACCCAACACCAAUGUCAAGUCGUAUGAGGAGAUCAUGUUUGGUCGCACGUGGUACUACAAACCCAGCUCCAGAUCCAGACAGUCUAUCACCGUGGGCAUGGCCGGUGCCGUGGGCCCCGCAGACCCCAGUGGGCUGGCCAGUCUUAAGCAGUCAGGUGCUGUCCUUGACAUGGGAAAGAUAGCUGAGGAUCAUAUCUUCUUCAGAGGGGAGGAAGGUGUUCCAGGAGAUCCUAAGCAGUAUCCCACAGGUCCCUGCCAAAGCAGUACGGGGCUUCUAGAGCCUCCUUCUGACUCUGGGCCCCUGAUUAGGAGUAACUCCAUGCCAACUUCCUCCCCAACCAACUUCAGUGUCCCCCCAGGGAUUCGUGUUAGCCACUCCAUUGAUGAGAUGAUGACAGCCGAUGAUGUGUUUUAUCCAGUUUAUCGCCGACUAAGGAGGCAGGCUGCCUUUGAGCACUCGGCCCAUGAAGCCCACGUGGGAGAGGCUGAGGCCUAUGGUCAUGUGCCCAAGAAUGUGACCUCAUCUGUGGGACUGAAGAUGGGCGAGCGCAGCCCAGGAAUCCCAGAGCAUGUGGCCUACACUCCCUAUGGUACUAAAGUUGGCAUGUCAGAGAUCGCAACAAGGAAGCGGCGGAAGGAGAAGAGUGUUGGGGAUGAGGAGGACAGCCCAGGGCAGUGUGACAGCAGUUGCAGCGGUUCGGUGGAGAUGAUGGGGGACUAUGAUUGUAAACAGGGGAGCCUGGAUGGAUCAAGGGGCACUCCAACGGGGAAGGGAUCCUUGUACAGCACCCACAGCCAGUCUGACAGCUUUGACACCUGCACCAGCAUGUGUUCUGAGGAUAUGGCGCUGCUCCCAGACUCAGAGUGCAGGAAGGCGGCAGGGAACGUCAUAUCAGUCAUCCAGCACACAAACUCCCUCAGCCGACCCAACUCAUUCGAGAAAUCUGAGUCCUUCGAGUUGCCAGGCUACCAGGCGUCCGACAAAGUCAUCUCUAGCCAGUACUCCGAACAGUCAGACUCAGAGAUCUUUGAGGACGCAUUGAGCCCUGAGUCUGCCAUGCUGAGAACAGAGAGUAUGGAGCAGCAGCCACAAAGCGACAGUGAUCUCGCCUCCCUCUCCUCAUCCUCGGCUGCUGCCUCCCCUGGCCAGCCUUACCACAUCUCCCAUAAACUGGUGCGACAGCCCAACAUCCAGGUACCCGAGAUCAGGGUGACGGAGGAGCCGGACAAGCCCGAGAAAGAGAAGGAGGCUCAGAUAGCCAAGGAGCCAGAGAAGCACCAGCAGCAGCAGCAGCAGCAGCAGCAGCAGCAGCAUGUGAUAGAGGAAUUCCAACUGCCUCAGAGGAGUGAUACCCUCUCCCAGAUGCCAUCAGAGAAACUCCCACCCAAGAAGAAGCGGCUGCGGCUGGCCGACAUGGAGCACUCUUCUGGGGAGUCGAGCUUUGAGUCGACGUGCACCAGCUUAUCCCGGAGCCCCAGCCAAGAGAGUAACCUGUCCCAUUCCUCCUCUCUCUCCAUGUCAUUUGACCGAGAAGAGGGGCUCAAAUCCGUCUCCCCCACCAAGCAGGAGGAGUCACAGGCCACUGGUGGCGGGGGUGGCAGUGGGGGAAGCAAGCAGUCUGAAUUCCUAACAGUCCCUGGUAGUGGUCAUUCCAGCCACCACCAGCAGAGGGAGAUGAGGAGGUCUUCAUCGGAGCAGGCCCCAUGCGUCCUGCCCACCGAGUUCCCCGAGAUGCGUAGCAAGUCGUUUGAUUGCGGUAGCCUGUCGCCCAGCUCCAGACAGGGGGAGCUCUACUGCAGCGCCUCAGCCAUGAAGGAGCGCCGGCGGGGCUACCUUGUCAGACAGGCUUCGCUGAGUGUCUACCCAGAGGCUGUCACCCAAGAACCAGGGGGCACUGAGAUGUCAAUCAAACAGGAGAGUUUAGAACACGGGGUGUGGCCCGGCCCAACAGGACCAACCCAUGGUGUAGCCGACGUGGCCAGAACCAAGAGAAUCGGCAACAGCAGUGGUGCUCUGGGCUCCCACCCCCACCAGCACCUCCUCCAGCACAGCAUCAGUGAGGACAGCCUGCAGGAGGAGCGGCCAUGUCAGAGGUCCCAACAACAUCGGCUGCAGGCCCAGAGCUCAUCCUCUGAGGGAGAACAUCCAGGUCAGGAUGUCAUGAAUAAGGAUGUGAUUCAGCAUUUCCAGAGUGGUCUGCCCCUGCUCUCCUUCCAGCAACCCGGCCUGUUCUGGAGCCAGGAGUCUGGUCAGCGACCUAGACAGCAUCUGGCUUUCCAGACCCAACAGCUCCCGAAGCUCCAGAUCCGAGCACCAGGCAGUCUGCCUACUCAGCCACCCCUCAGACCACCACACGCCCUGCACCAGAUCCAUGACCAGAUAAUGAAUGAAAGCAUGUCAGAAGGCUCCGGCACUCAGAUUUACUCCACUUUCCCAUCUCAAGCGUCUCCACAUUCCCAACAACAAUUUAGUUCUCUCUCCACUAAGCUUUCCAUCUCUACCACCACCACCACCUCCACACUUCUCCAACAAAUCCAGCCCAUCUUUGCCACUCAGAACCUUGGUUCCCAGGCUUCUCUGCCUGGCAUGCUGGUUCCUGUGCGGAUCCAGACCCACGUGCCAUCAUUUGGGAGUGCUAUGUACACCAGUGUUAGCCAGCUAUUAGCUAGCCCUGGUGGUAGAGGGCAGGGAGCUGGCUCAGGAAGGCCAGGGAACAGUAGCAGCACAUCCCCUCCUGUGGGUGUCAGUAGCACCAGCAUGCCUUCCAGAGGGGUCGGAGGGGGUGUAGUUGGGUUGGGAUUCAACCUGUCACAGAUCCAGGGGCAGCCUGAUGGAGCAGUGCUACGCUACCCACUCUGGAAGGCUCCGGAAUCAUUGCCAGGGCAACGGAUGAACACAGGAAUCCCAUUGUCGCUGACCUCAGGGACCAUUUCCACCACAGAUGCCUCGGGGUCUGGAAUUGGGGGCAGCAAGCGAAUGCUCUCCCCCGCCAGCUCCCUGGAGCUUUUCAUCGAAACUAAGCAGCAGAAACGCGUAAAGGAGGAGAGGAUGUAUGGUCAGAUUGUCAAAGAGAUGAGUGCCGUGGAGCUGAGCGGGGCCAGCAAAAGCAGCAGCAGGCUUGAUAAGAUGCAGGACAGGGGUCAGAGAACCUGUCUUAAGAGCAAAGACUCUGAGGACCAAACUGAGAGGAUGACCUCCUCUCCGCCAGCAAGCGACUUCCCUGCAGCCACCAAAAUCACUGUCCCAGUUCGUUCCUCAGCUCCCCAUCUCCCAGAUGUUCCUCCAGCUGAGAGCUUCACUCCACCUCUCCAGAUUGUCACAGACCCCUCCCAGGUCGCUGAUGGCCAGGAGUCACCAGAGGAGCUCGAUAUGGACGAUUCACCCAAGCCAGGGUCUAGCCCCCAGUCCAUGGUCUCCUCCAGCGACACAGCAGAAAACAAUGAUGCAAUUCAACCCUCAGCAAAUAACAUCCCAGUCAGCAUGUUAGUUCAGCUUGCUGCCAACCAGGGUGUCGGGUUAUCUGGAGCAAUGGGCAGGACUCUCCUAUUGACGGAUGUGGCUGAUCUCCAGCAGCUUUUCCAGUUCCCAAGCUUGCGCACCACCACCGGCAUCAGCUGGUGUUUCCUGAACUACACCAAGCCCAACAGCACCCAGGCUGCAGCACGAGCCUCCGUUUAUGCCUCGUGGUGUGUGAGCUCGUACAACCCCAACCCUCUGAGCCUGAGUACAAAGGCUUCACUGGCCCUGUUGAGGUCCAAACAGAGGAGGAACACAGAGAUGUAUACCACGGCAGCCAUGUCACCACCCAGCUCUGGGAAACUGGUUUCAUCUGUGGCAUGGAAGCUGAGGUUUGAUCAGCUGAAGCCAGAGCUGAUGCCAGUAGAUAUCACUAAGCUAGGAAGGAAGAUGAAGGGAGUGGUCUCACGGGAUCGCUCCAAGGAGGAACAGGGCGAGAAGGAGGCCACAACCAAACAGCCUGCCUCCGAACCGACCCGCAUCAAAAUCUUUGAGGGCGGGUACAAGUCUAACGAGGACUACGUGUACGUGCGGGGCCGAGGCCGGGGGAAGUACAUCUGUGAGGAGUGUGGGAUCCGCUGCAAGAAGCCCAGCAUGCUGAAGAAACACAUCCGGACGCACACCGACGUCCGGCCCUACGUCUGCAAGUUCUGCAACUUCGCCUUCAAGACCAAAGGAAACCUGACAAAGCACAUGAAGUCUAAGGCUCAUAUGAAGAAAUGUCUGGAGCUGGGAGUGUCUGUGUCCUCUGUGGAGGACAUUGAGACGGAUGAAGCAGACGGAGGAGAGGAGGGCAUGAGGGCUGCUGGCAAGGUUCUGGGAGGUGUCAUGGCGGAACACCAGUUCUCAGACGCAGACGAUUCAGACGGUGGCGAAGAAGAUGGGGACGAUGUGGAUGAGGAGGAGGACGAUGAAGAUGACUAUGACGGCGACUCCACCCCCAAGACACGCUCGCGCUCCACCAGCCCGCAGCCCUAUGGGCUACCGUCGCUGUCAAUCACAGCAGUGGCCGCCUCCCACCCGGUAUCCAUUGGCCAGCAUCUUCACCCGUCUCACCAUCCUGGCUCCGACAUCCUUGGCAACAGCAACAAGCAGCAGCUGUUUGGCUACUUCCCCACCGUGCCGAGUAUCCAGAUCACACCGCAGGCCCCACCCAGCGAGCCAGUGGACAGUGAUCGGUGUCAGGCGGAGUACCAACGUGCUCUGCAGGGGGCGCUGGGCAGCAGGCUGCUGGUUCCUCCGUCAUCCUCCUCAUCCAUGGAUGAAGAUCUCGCUGUCCCCUCCCCAGACCUCUCCUCCCCCUCCUCCCCCCUCUCUCCCUCCUCCUCCCCGGCAUCUCGCCGCUACCUCUCCCCGCGCCGGGAACUAUCGCCCCGCAGCGGCCGCCUCUCGCCGAGGCGGGAGGUCUCACCGCUGCGCCACAUCUCGCCCAAGAGAGACCUCAGGGCAACUGGUUACCGCCGAGAUAUCUCCCCCCGGAGGGAACUAUCACCUCGGGGUCACCUCUCGCCGCUGUCCCCUCUCUCCAGGCCAACCUCACCGGCAGGGAGGGACUACAAGCGGGACCGCCACAGGGGCAUGAUCCGACCGCUGUCGCCCCGCCGCGGACUCCACCAACAGCACCACCACCAGAGUCACCAGGCGGCCAUCCAGCAAGGAGGCACGUGGAGCCUGAGACCGGGCCAGCCGGCCUGCCCGCUGACCCACCGAGAGGGAGGCCCGCUGGGACAAGGAAGAGGCAGCAGCGGAGCAGAGAUGGAAACGGAAUCCAGGAUGGGCUCCCCGUUGACAGGGGAACGGGAGCCGGGUGGUAACCACGGUAACCUGUCCAGCCCGCCUCACCAAGUCCUGUUCAGCCACCUCCCGCUCCACUCCCAGCUUCAGGUGCGUUCCCCUUUCCCCAUGAUCCCCAUCGGAGGGAUACAGAUGGUACACUCGAUUCCCACAUCCGUCACGUCUGGCCACACCCAGAGCACAUCAGGCCACGCCCACAGCACCCGAGGACAAUCUCCGCCAGCCCAUCAGGGGGCGCUGCAGGCGUCCUCCCACCUGCCACCACAAAAGAGCAUGUCAGAGGACUCCAACACCAGCGAAGCCUCCUCCUCUGACAGGGGAAAAGGAGCGGCGGAGAGAGCGAAGGAGUCAUCGACGCCAACGCUGUCGUCCUCCCGCGGCUCUCCGCAGGAUGCAGUGAUGAUGUCAUUGGGAGCAGGUGGUGGCGGCGUUGGAGGGAAGGAGGAGCCGGAGGAGGGCAUCCAAAGGUGCACCAAGGCCAUCGCCUCGCUCUGCAUUGACUCCAAGGAGCCCACCGAGGGAAGGAGGGGUGACAGAGGCGAGAGAGGGAAGAAUGGAAGUAGAGAUCCCUCUUCCUCCUCUUCUUCAUCAUCUCCACCCACAGCCACCUGCAGCACCUCCAAUGACUCCCACCAUCAGCAUCGUUCCUCCCCGCUGGCUGCUACCUCGCCUCCUUCUGCCCCCCCACAGGGUCUCAAUCCGGGGACUCAGCACUUUAGCCCCCAACCCUCUGUCCCUGACCCUCCUCACCCACCUCCCUCUUCCUCCUCCUUCUCACCUCACCCUGCCUCCACCCCUGGCCACAGAGUCGAGCCCAUCCCCCCAUCCGACACCUCCCAGUCCCACAUCGCCAGCUGGCCGGCCUUGUACGCCCAGACCUCAGAGGAGAGAGAGAGGGAGACGAGACCGCCGGCAGAAUGCACAAAGAGGAGUAAAGAUGCUUCGUAGGGGCGCGACUUAAAGGAGGUGAAAUGGUUUUUUCAGAUUGAAAGGAGGAACUUAUUUCAGCAGUGAGAGGAGAAGAAAAAGACUUUGCACACAAACACACACACAAACACAUGUCAUGGAAGCACCUACUUGUGUGUGCGCUCCAUGUGUACAUGGACAUUUGUCCAGAUGCUCAGUUGAUAUACGCACAUCAACACACACACACACACACACAGACACACAGACACACACAGACACAGACACACACACAGACACACACACAGACACACACACAUUCAUGUACAAAUAAACCUAUCAGUUACCAACGUCAACAAAGACACAGUGCAGCUGCGUGUACGUGUAGUCCCGUCUGGGCCUGCUGGUCCGGUCCGGGCCUGCUGGUCCAGUCUAGGCCUGCUGGUCCACUCCGGGCCUGCUGGUCCGGUCCGGGCGGGCCUGCUGCUGGAGACAGCACAGAAAUAAAAUCUCUUUCUUAUUUAAAGACUCAGUACGGAUCUUCAUACGGCCGUCUCACAUGUACGGUUACUCGUACGAAGGCGGGAGUCUGAGCCGAGCCUGCUCAGAGGACCCGUGACCCACGGUACGACCCGGCGGACAGCAAUGUGUGUGCCUUUGAUUUACUUCUGUCUCUUUUUGUUUCUGCUUAUAUUGUUAUAAGCGUACAAAGCAGGAAGGUAAAUGUGUAAAAUGAAAUUGAUAAUCCCACCUCUUGCGUAUUGGCUUUGUAAGAAUAUGCAUCCCCCCCCCCUCCUCCUCCUCCUUUUAGUCUCAACAAGCGAUGUGAAGUUAUGGAUAUUACUAUUACGUAAGGUUGCACUAAAACAUAUUUUUAUAUGAGUGAAAUUUAAAAAAUGGCUUUUUUUUGGUGUACAGCAGCGAUUCUAUAAUACUAUUUAUUAUUGUUACCAUGUUUCAUAAAUUGUACAUUUUUUCUUAAAUGUUGUGGAUGCCUUUUCUAUGUCUAAAAGCAUGGGUUUUGCUAUUGCUUAAAGUAGGGUGAGGAUAUCUACACUGUAGUAUGUUAGACCUAAAGUAGGGUGAGGAUAUCUACGGCUUUGUAUGUUAGACCUAUUUAUAUACGUCCAAGAAGAACCCACCUGCUUGGAGGCAUAUACAUAUAUAUAUAUACAUAUAUAUAUAUAUAUAUAACAUUAUAUAAUAUUAUAUAUAUAUAUAUAUAAAUAUAAAUACACACACAUAGAAGUAAGAUUUACCAGAAUAUUUACCCAGCAUAUGAAUAUAUAUAUGGAAUCUAUCUAUCGAUCUAUCUAUCUAUCUAUCUAUCUAUCUAUCUAUCUGCACUUAAAAUGUAGAAUGACAUUCACAUCACAGUAUGGUAGUUUUGCUUGUACAUUGUCUCUGCCGCUCUGCAUUUGCCCGUCUCUGGUUGGGAUUUUUUUUUACUUUGACCUUUUUUGUUCUUUUUUACAUUUUUCAAAGCAUUAGACUCGCUGUCAGCAGUAAGUGAAUGAAGAUGUCACGCGCCGUCAGUGCAUUUUGAAAUACAUUACAUUUGCACCCACCUCCUCCAACCCCAACACAGCUCCUUUUUUGUUGUCGUCAUUUUCCCCUCGGUGUACUCCGGUCGUGGUUGAGACGAGCAGCGUUUUGUCUUUUUUUAUCGGUCGCUCCACAUUCUGAGACGUCACUUUGCUUGAAGUACAAAACUCCUGAUCAUUUAUAGAGAAUGGGGAACAUUCCAGUACAUGUAAAUACCCAACACCCGUCAACACGCCUGUAAUACAUGUGUAAACGCACACACACACACACUCACACACACACACACACACACACACACACACACACACACAUGCACAAACACAUUUUUUGUGUAUUGAUGCAAAUUGUGGCCGUGGCAAUCACUCCGUUGAACAUGUAUUUUUCAAUGGUUUGUUGUUCUGACACAUAUCUAAACACAAAAAACAGUGAGAAAUGCACCUUAAGUUUGUUAUGACCUCAAAUGUGGCACUGUGCUGCCUAGGUCAGUUUUUUUGCAGCUUCUGGCUAGCAGGAACUCUGCAAGCUUCAGUUGAGAAGGGGGGCGGGGCUUAUUUGAAAGGAGCUUAACCCUGGACUGGAAAACUGUCAAUCAAAAAGUUUUAGAAAACUGUUGUUGUGGCAUUAUCAGCUUCUGCAGCAUAUUUUGGCCCUUCUGAACCUGUACUCCUAAAUAUCCAUUUUGUAGCUAAGCAAUAGUUCGCCAAAACUCCGUUUCAUCAGCGGAGGGUUUAUUCGUUGCUAGGCAACAACAACAUACUGAAAAAUCCCUAUUGGUAAAAAUAGGGGAGUGUUGGGGCGGGGCGACAGGAACAGCAAUGACAACAUUUUUUUGAUGGACAGCUCUGGAUCCAGCCAGGCAGGGCGCUCUGCAAGCCUGUAUCUGUAUUCUGUAUCGUGUGUACUCAAGCAGUAUAUCCUCUUCUUACCACUUUAUUUCUUUUUCGAUCCUCUCUCUCUUAUGUACACUUAUCACCAUGGCAAUGAUCUUGUCUUUUAAAGAAAAACAUUCUAUCAUUCUCUCUCUUUCUGUCUCUCUCUCUCUCUCUCUCUCUCUCAAGGUAUCAAAGCACAAGUCAUUGUAAAAAAUAAUGACAAUUUAAAUAAAAAACUGACGAAAAAAAAUGGUUAAUGUGCAUAGAAAAAGGGUAACUUUUGUGAUGGUGUUGUGUGGAAUUAAUACAAAUAUCAUGUACGACCCCAGUUUCAAUGAGGAAUCGCAGUAGAAGUGGAAAAACAUGGAUUGUUGUUUUCAGUAAAUAAAUAUGACUAUAAUUGUUGGUGAUUCUUGUGAUUUGUGUGGGGGUGUAUGACAGAAAUAAUCAAGUAGAGAGGAAGUGAUGAUGAGGGGGAACGGGUCUGAAUUCAGGCCUAGAGAUUGACAGCGUCCAAUAGACAAUCUGACUUCUCCACAUUAGACAAUAAUGGAAUUUUAUGUUAUUCUUUGUAAUCAUUUUAUGUAGUUUUUCUUCUAGAAGGUAUGUCUAUAGGCCCAGCCAUUACUACUGUAGUUUAGGACAUACAGGACAUUGUAUAUUUGAGCCGCAUUUCACUGUCUUAGCCUGGAUUAAAAAACAGAUCGAUGAGAUGUCUUUCGCAAUAAUCUUGAAACAACACCACCUAAUGUCGAUAUUAAUGUUC